CAGGAAACAUCAUCAUGAAACGACUGCAUGUUCCAUGGCGACCAGCAUAGCGACAUGGCAAGCUACGGAGCGAUGUUGUGGUCUCGGAAGAUAGAGUAGUUGUCGGCAGCACGUUUUCUGCUAUCCUAAAGCUUCGUACUAGUAAACGGGGCAUGCAGUAGUUAGACAAUACGUUUCAAUUAUUUGAGUAACUUGGAAUACCCGUCCAGUCUAGACGGGCAUCAAUCGGCAAACACAACUGCAAGAAGCGGCGUGUGCGCGUCGACUACGCCGGGUUACCAGCUGCACGUGGGAAAGCACGCCGUAGUGUGUGACGUGCCUUCGCCGUCCAACGCCAGUGAAGAAUGGGGCGGCCAGCGCGCGGGCGCAAGCGGCGGGCCGCGGCGGCCACUCCGAAGCUCUCCAAGAAAGACAGAACGCAUUGGGUCAACUUUGGCGAAGACCACCCGGCCAACGACCGACCGUCGGAAAGCGAUCGCGUCGCCGUAGUUGUUCCAUUCAAGGCCGCCGCCACAGCAGCCGUGGACGAAGAAAGCUCUCACUCGACGGCGACAGACUCUGGCAGCGAGAGCGACGAUGCCGUGUGCAAACUGCUGGGCACCUUCGAUAACCGCCGAGCCGCAGCCAGCUGCGAUGAAUCGACGGACACCGACGAAGCGGGCAGUGACGACUGGCCGCUGGACGAUGAAGACGACGACGUCGCCAGUGCCGCCGAAGACGAGGAGCAGGAACAGGAACUUCCAGCACAGAACGAUCCUUUCUUCGUGCACUUUGAGUGGAACAUUGAAGGGGAAAAGUUUCCUCUUGAAAAUGCAGAACGAACUCGCCAAGAACUGCACUGGCCAGCACUGGGAAGACUUAGAGUCACAAAAAUCAAGGAAAACACCAGAGAGGUACCUCUCGUACGAGCCUCGAGCAAGGAUAGCCUGUGGCUCAAAAGUUCCCUGGCUGUGCCCGAAACGCCGACACCACUCCAGAUGGAGCUGCUGUCUGUGCUGAGCUCUUAUAGGGAUCUACUUUUCACGGAGCGCACACUGACAAAUGGCGAGGAAGUGCGUGCUGCCUACUGUCUGCACGCUCUCAACCACGUGCUCAAGAGCCGGUCCCGCGUGCUGCACCACAACGCACGCUUGCGUCGAGGUGCCAGCUCGGAGAUGCGAGACCAGGGACUGACACGACCACAGGUGCUCUUCCUGCUGCCCUUCCGGGAGUCGGCUCUGCGCACGGUUAAGCUUCUUGCCCAACUGCUGCCUGCAAAAGAAGUGGGCCACAUGUCCCGGUUCCUGAAAGAGUUUGGCUGUGAGGAGGAGAAGAAGCGUUGGCUGGAGCGUCCCGAGGACUACGAACAGACCUUUUCAGGCAACACUGACGAUGCAUUUCGACUGGGCCUCAGCGUGUCAGGCAAGAGUCUGCGCUUGUACCGCGACUUCUACGCAUCGGACAUCCUGGUGGCCUCUCCUUUGGGCUUGAGGACCGUGGUUGGUGCCGAGGGCGAGAAGGACCGUGACUUCGACUUCCUCUCUUCCAUCGAGCUGGUAGUGGUGGACCAGGCCGACGUGCUACUCAUGCAGAACUGGGAACAUGUAGUGCACCUCUUCGAGCACGUGAACCGGCCAGCUGUGGAACCCCACGGCGCUGAUUUCUCUCGCGUGCGCCUUUGGUGGCUGCACGGCUGGGCACGCCGCUUUCGCCAGACAGUGGUGCUGAGCGCUGUCGCCCAGGCACCCAUCUCAGCCCUGCUGAGCAGGCACGCCCAGAACUAUGGGGGCGUGGUGAGCACUGCCAACGUCGUGGAACCGGGCUCCAUUGCAGAGGUGACCGUUUCCCUGGCACAAGUGUUCCAGCGUUUUGAGACUGCCUCAGCCGCCGACGUGCCCGAAGCGCGUUUCCGGUUCUUCACAGAGAAGGUGCUGCCACCUCUGCUGCGAGAGGGCUCCCAAGGUUGCAUGGUGUACAUACGCUCGUACUUCGACUUUGUCCGGCUGCGUAAUCACCUACGCUUGCUCGAUGCUAGCUUCUGCCAGAUUUGCGAGUACACGUCCGAUGCCAAGGUGUCUCGAGCGCGAGGAGUCUUCUUCACUGGCCGACGACGACUGAUGCUGUAUACAGAGCGGUUCCACUUCUACAGGCGUUAUCGAAUCAAGGGCGUGCAGCGUCUAGUCUUCUACGAGCUUCCGACGCUGCCUCAGUUCUACCCGGAGCUCUGUCGCAUGGUGGCCACUGGAAACAGCGGAUGCACUAGCCUCUUCUGCCGCCAGGACGCGCUGCCCCUAGCGGCCAUCGUAGGAAGCUUGCGUGCCGCACGCAUGCUGCACGCCGAACGUGAUGUGCACGUGCUCGUGUCGGAAGGUCAGUGAGUUAUUGGUCAGUGAUGCAGUCGCCGAGGGGUCUCAUCUGACGAGUCGGAGGUAUCAAUGCCGGAGUCUGGUAGCUCGGAACCAACGAGCUCGGCAAGCAUGCCGCUCAGCUGGUCCAGGAAGUUUGACACCCCAUCGUAGCCUGGAAGAGAAGCAAAGCUCAAUGACCUGAGGUCCUUUGUAUGAAAAUGGUAUAUUAUACUUCCACGAUUCCAGCA